AUGCGUCCACCACUCUGUGUGCCUGGCCCUCCUAACUCCCUGCUUUUCCUAUUUCUGCAGGACACUCCACUGCUCUAUGAUGUGACACAGCCCACCCACUCUCUUCACACCCCAUUACUUACAUCCACCACCUCUGAUAUUCCGUACAAUACGGGCUGAAGUGUCUUGCCUAAGGAGAUUGCCAUCAACAUGGAAAAGGCCUUGGGAGGAGGGAAUUUGCUGGAGGUGGUCUCUGUAGUUAGGGGGACCUUGAAGACAGCAUCCAAUGCCCCAGUGUGCAUUGCAGUGACUGGGGACUCCAGCAAUGGCAUGUCCUCCUUCAUCAAUGCGCUGAGGGGAAUUGGGCAUGAAGAGGAGGACUCAGCUCCCACUGGGGUGGUGAGGACCACCCAGAUUCCCACUCGCUACUUUUCCCCCCACUUUCCCAAUGUUGUGCUGUGGGACCUACCUGGAACAAGGGCAGCUAUCCAAAGCCUGGAGAACUAUAUGGAAGAGAUGAAGUUUAGCCAGUAUGACCUCUUCAUCAUCAUUGCAUCUGAACAGUUCAGCAAGAAUCUUGUGAAGCUUGCUAAAAUCAUCCAAGGCUUAGGAAAGAAGUUCUAUGUCGUCUGCACCAAGCUGGACAGGGACCUCAGCACAAGUGCCCUCUUGGAGGAACGACUCCUGAAGAAUAUUCGGGAGAAUAUCCGGGAAACUCUCCAAAAGGAGGGAGUGUGUGAACCCAACAUAUUCCUGGUCUCCAGCCUUGAACCUUUAUUGCAUGACUUCCCAAAGCGUAGGGGCACCUUGCACAGGGACAUUUCUGACAUCAGGUACUGUGUACCCCUACAGAGUCUGUCCCACACUUACGAGAAGGCCAUUAAGGACAAAGUGACCACUUGCAGGGGGAAAAUAGCCUCAAAGUCUUUUGACACCGUUGGCAUCUGGAAUGCAGAUGAUCUGGAGGAGAGUCCGAUAGUCUACCGCUUGCUCUUUGGUGUGGAUGAUGAAUCUCUCCAGCAGAUGGCUCAGACUACGCGGAAACCCAUGGAGGAGUACAGAGCCAUUAUGAAGUCUCAGGAUCUAUACACCGUCCUCAGAGAGGACUGGCCAUUAUCUUGAGUGAACUGUAAUACAGUCUCUUCCUUAUAUUCAAUUCUGAGAUACAUCCCACUGUUAGGUGACUUUAUUUUCAACUCCCUGAGGAAGUGGAAACACAGACACCUCCUUGAAAUAGUUGCCAAGGACACCAAGGCCAUCCUGAAGAAAAUCCUGACACAGUCCAUCAUCUGAGGAAGUGAUGCCUCAGCAGGCUCCUUCUGGAGGUAAGUCAGGACAUCUGGGAUCUUCUCCUCACACUUUCCCAUUUCUGAAUUGUCAAUCAAGCUCAGUUACUUCCACGUCCAUUGAUUCUAUGUUCCCCAAGGUAUAAGAGAUGACUUGCUCAUUUUGAACCCAUGUGAGGAAAUUCCCAAAUAUGUUCUACUUUUGUCAUUUAUUAAACGAGCCUGUAUCCAAAGGUGGCAGAAAAGAUCUGCUCAGUGCGACAUACAAUCUCAUUCUGACAUCCCCUUAUCACUUAACUCUCAAUCAUUUCUCCAACACCCGUGUUCUGUCACUUCUCAUCUCACUCUGUGGACACACACAAUCUUGACCUGCCUGUAGGUCAGUGGUAGACACUCUAAGAUGGCCUCCAACAUUUUCUCCUAUUUUCAUGGCUAUGUUUAAUCCCUUUCCCUGCAGUGACUAAUAGAAUAUGGCAGCAAUAAUGGAAUGUCCAAAAAGUCCAGAACUUUGUUAUGAAAAGUGUAGCUCUGUCUUAUAAACAUUCUGUUCACUGGCUCUGUCUUACCCCUGCUCCAGCUCUGUCCCCCUCUCUCUCACUCUCUGUCUGCCUCUCCAUUUUCUUCUCUCUGCCUAGUAACCAUAGAAAUUUUAAACUGACCUGCUAUAGAGGCCCUGAAGAAUCAGAGGCCAUGGGGAUGAGAACCAAGGCUGCCUGCAUUAACUGCCAGCCAUGGAAGUAAGUCAUCUUGGGAGUAAAUCGUCCAGCCCCAGCAAGGCUUCAGAAGAUGCAGCCCAGCUGAUAGCUUGACUACCACCUCAGGAGAGACCCUUAUCCAGAACCACACAACAGAGCUUGUUCCUGGAUUUCUGACCCUCAGAAUCUAUAUGCAAAUAAACCUUUGUAUUAAGCCACGAAGUUUCAGGGUAAUUUGAUCCACACCAACAGGUAACAGAUAAUGCUAUCAAGAAGUUCCUUAGAAAGGGCACCUGGGUGGCUCAGUCAUUAAGAGUCUGCUUUUGUCUCAGGGCGUGAUCCCAGCAUUAUGGGAUCUAGCCCCACAUCAGGCUUCUAUGCUGGGAGCCUGCUUCUUCCUC